AUGGAGCAACCUAGUUUUUCUUGCAAACUAGGUGUUUUGAGUCGACCCGAUGGAUCAGUAAUGUUUUCUGAAGGACAAACCACAGUGAUAGCAGGUCUAUAUGGGCCAGUUGAAGUAAAAAUGCAAAAACUUUUGAUUGAUAAAGCUUCAGUGGAAUGUAGUUACAGACCAAAAAGUGGAUUGCCAGGCGUUGAAGAUAGAUUGUAUGAAUCAUUGAUAAGGAAUAUCUGUGAGACUGCUUUAGCGGCUUCUCUCUUUCCAAGAUCAGCUGUGUUAGUAAAUAUACAAGAAAUGGAGAACAGUGGUCAAGAUUGGUCUGUGAAAUAUGAACAAGAUGGCCCGGUGCAACCAAGAUUUGAAAUCAACGCCCCUGACUUAUAUAUCCCAACGAUGGCGUACGUUACUUACGUUCUUGUGGCUGGUUUAGUAUUAGGUACACAACAGCGAUUUAGCCCUGAACAAAUAGGGAUUUUAGCUUCAUCCGCCCUGGCUUGGUGUCUAGUGGAAUUGGCCAUUUACAGUUCCACCCUUUAUAUAAUGCAAGUAGAAACAAGCUUAAGAACCCUAGAUCUGCUGGCUUAUGCUGGAUACAAAUUCGUCGGCACUAUUUUUAGCAUUUUAGUUAGUCUCGUUGGAGGAAGGACUGGUUAUUAUUCGUGUUUGAUAUAUACAAAUUUAGCUUUGGCAUUUUUCUUGGUGCGGAGUCUCAAGGUGCAGGUGUUAUCUGAGACAAACGCCCAGGAUACUAGUUAUUACGGUGCUCAGCAACCUAGCGCAGGCCACAAGAGGCGGUUAUAUUUUCUGUUAUUUGUGGCUGUUGUCCAGCCAGUUUUGUCUUGGUGGUUGUCUUAUCAUUUAUUGCCAUUGGAAUUGGUCCUGCCACCAAAGGUUGAAAAGUAACUCUUAGUUUCUAUUACUACUAAAUUAAAACAGGUAUUUAUUUUGCUUAAUACUUUUAGUAUACACAAUAUGUAAUAUAAUUUUAUAAACGUGUGAAAAAUAAAGUGUUUGCUAUUUUGUA